CCCAGCAAGUGUGCAGAAAGUCGCACUGCGAAAACGCACCAAAGUCGCGCACAAGAAAACGCAGAGAAGUCGCGCCUAAAACGCUUCUAUGGCACAACAGGUGAUUGUUGCGCUCUUACCCCAACUUACUCUCCCUCCCGCUCGGUGCUCUUUCUCUCACUCUCUCUAUGGAACAAAGCUCUCUCAUGGAUGCGCGGCGCAGAUAUUUCGCCUGUGUUAUGGCACAUCCUGUUGAAUGAAAAUUGUCGGCUCCGGCUCCGAUUCCGGCUCUGACUGCGGCUCCCCUUCUAGCCUUCUGGCAUUCAGUCGCGUAUGAAAACGAUUCGAAAGUUGUUGGAUACUUGGCGGCACUGGCCAAGGAGACACAUUGGCCCGACGCUCGUCUCUGCUCCGGCACGGCCAGUCGUGCGUGUCCGGACAGUCGACGUUCAGACUUCAGUUCGCACGGUUCGGCACGCGGCAGCAGAAACAGCAGCUGAAGCUGAAGCAUAGCCCGCCAGGAGCCGCCCUACCAUAUCCAAGUGCCAGAAGGUGUGUGUCGGUUUCUCUUUCGGCGUCUGUGUCGGUGUCACUGUCUGUGUCUGUGCCGAUCGAGAAUUCUUGUCGGGCGCGCGUUGCCUCCUAGUGUGCGAGUGCCAGUGCGUAUGCGUGUAGCUGGGAAGUGCAAAAAGUCGGACAUCGGGCAAUUAAUCAUUCAAGGAGUGGUGCGGCCUGGCCCCUGAAUUGACUUCCAUUUUAGUAAUUUGCCUGAUUGAUGCACGGACUUGGUCAAUUUCCGGUCGAGCCUGAGUUCAGUGCAGUGCGUCCAUCGCCUGUGGGCCUCUGGCGGCUGCUGCAGCUAUGAAUAAACAGAACAAACAGCCAGGAAAAUUCAAAACGAAUACCAAGUGAAGAUCUGGAAAACAGUGGACAAAUUGCAUCUCAAUCAAAGUCUAUUAGCGAAAUGCUGCAACUGCAUUGCCGUAUCCGGCCAUCGGGCUUUUACUGCCGUCAAUCCUGCAACUGAGGCACAAAGCGAACGAACCGCAGAGGACCUGCCACCCUUUACCAGACCAGAUCAGAGCAGACCAGGCCAGACCAGAACCCCACCUCCUUCCCCGUCCUAAUCCUAACCCCACCCGCCAUCCAAAUGACAAAUGCAAUGAGUGCUAUUGCAGCAUUCGCUCUGACAGCGGCCGGGGCAGCGGCAGUGGCUGCCUCUGCGGCUAGCGGCAGGAGCAACCACAGCAGUCCUUUCCUGACCACCAGCAGCACCACCACCGCCGCCGGCUCCAUCAGCAGCAGCAUCGGCAUGGCCAUCAGCAACAGUAGCAGCAGCAGUCGGAACGGCACGCUGCUGGAGGCCGAUCACCUGCCGCUGCAGUUGACAACCGCUAAGGUGGACAUGGACAUUGAAAUCGACAUUCAACUGCUCACAAAUGGCUAUGAUGGCACAACGCUGACAUCGUUCUACAAUGAGAGCAGCUGGACAAACGCCUCCGAAAUGGAUACAAUAGUUGGUGAGGAACCGGAGCCGCUGUCCCUUGUGUCAAUUGUUGUUGUUGGCAUCUUCCUAUCGGUGCUGAUAUUCCUCUCCGUGGCCGGGAACAUCCUCGUCUGCCUGGCCAUCUACACGGAGCGCAGCCUGCGACGCAUCGGCAACCUGUUCCUGGCCUCAUUAGCGAUUGCGGAUCUGUUUGUGGCCUCCCUGGUGAUGACAUUCGCAGGCGUCAACGAUUUGCUGGGAUAUUGGAUCUUUGGAGCGCAAUUUUGUGAUACUUGGGUGGCCUUUGAUGUCAUGUGCUCGACGGCGUCAAUUCUGAACCUGUGCGCUAUAUCAAUGGACCGCUACAUCCACAUCAAGGAUCCGCUCAGAUAUGGCCGCUGGGUGACACGACGCGUGGCUGUCAUUACCAUCGCCGCCAUUUGGCUGCUGGCCGCAUUCGUCUCGUUUGUGCCAAUCUCCUUGGGCAUCCAUCGGCCCGACCAGCCUAUGAUUUUCGAGGAUAAUGGCAAGAAGUAUCCCACAUGCGCCCUGGACCUCACGCCCACCUAUGCCGUCGUCUCCAGCUGUAUCAGUUUCUACUUGCCCUGUGUGGUCAUGAUUGGCAUCUACUGUCGCUUGUAUUGCUAUGCCCAGAAGCAUGUCAAAUCCAUCAAGGCAGUGACCCGACCCGGGGAGGUGGCCGAGAAACAGCGUUACAAGAGCAUUCGACGCCCCAAGAUGACGCCCAAGAAGUUCAAGGUGCGAAACCUGCACCACAGCUCUCCGUACCACGUCUCGGACCACAAGGCGGCGGUGACUGUUGGCGUCAUCAUGGGCGUGUUCCUCAUCUGCUGGGUGCCCUUCUUCUGCGUGAACAUCACGGCCGCCUUCUGCAAGACCUGCAUCGGCGGACAGACCUUCAAGAUCCUCACCUGGCUGGGCUACUCCAACUCGGCCUUCAACCCGAUCAUCUACUCGAUCUUCAACAAGGAAUUCCGGGACGCCUUCAAGCGUAUCCUGACCAUGCGCAAUCCCUGGUGCUGUGCCCAGGACGUAGGCAACAUCCAUCCGCGGAACAGCGACCGCUUCAUCACCGACUAUGCGUCCAAAAAUGUCGUCGUGAUGAACUCGGGUCGCUCCAGUGCCGAGCUCGAGCAGGUCUCUGCGAUUUGACCAAAAGGCGGCUACAGCGGAGACAGCUGGCUGCCGUGCUGCUACGGCUGCGGCUGUGGCGGCCUCCGCGUGGAUGAUGACGACGACGGAGCACUGACCACGCGCUAUGUUCCAUGAGAUUCGGUCACGGCGCCUACGGUCACCAUUGUGGAGACCGUCGAGGCUGCCCAAAUGGAAACGGAGCUGCUCUAAGCCACUAACUGGGUUCCUACAACACCAUCUCGAUCUCGAUCUCUCACUCGAAAACAAAGCAAUCCCGAGUCCCUCCUUCCUUCCCCUAAAAAAAUCGAAAGCAAAAUGGAAACCUGUAAGUAUUAUCAGCGCGUCCCAGAGACAAAGCAAUCAACUAUGCGUAUACUUAAUCGUAUUUAGCAGUAAGCCCCCGUUGUGUCCCACAACCACAAACGACGCCCAGGACGUGAUUAGGUCUAAGAUCUUACCCCCUCCAGCACCUAAAGAGCUCUCUGUCCAAGUUCCUGUUUCGUUAUUCAUGGCAGUUUUGCAAUCGUUUGGGAUCCAUGCAAAUGCGAUUAUUAUGGAGUGACACAUGUCACUUGCCACACACUAACACUUACACACAAACACACACAUACAUCUACACUGGCUGUCACAACAGGGAAAGAAGAAGAAAAAACGUUGCAUACAUCGCGGCGCCCUCACAUUGGACGAGGAAAAGCUUUACAUUUGAUUUAUUGAUGAGAAUUUAUGGCCAUUGAACGGCAGAGCUGCCAAGUGCAGUCGUAAAUUAUCCAAAAUGAUUAUUGUUAUGGCUAAACCAAAUGGCAUUACCACUCCAAGUUCAACUCCAACCCCAUCGUUAUUUCUGCUUUGUACGGGUAGUGUAUGCAAUGUUAAGUUGGCCUCAACUUUUUUAUGGGACACCCCUGAAAAGUUUCCAGACUGAUUUGAAUUUAUGCGGGAAAUCUCUGUAUGGCUCUGUUCUGCUUCACACUGCUGUGCUCAACAAUGUUAAUUAAGCCAACUGUGAUUGGCACUCGCGGAGGAGGAACAAAAGGUAGCAAGAAUGGACGGACAUUUUCGGGUACCGACGGCUUAGCUACCCUUACUGAUAUAUCUCCGACCGCCAAGCGGCUGUUUAUUCUGAUCGAUAACAAUGCCGUCUCCGGUAGUGUAUGGGAAACAAUCUCAGUCGAAAGGUUAACCGUGAAGCAUUUUGGGGCUUCAGCUCUGAUUACCGAAUGAUUUAAUGAGCCGCACCUGCAAACAGGCAAAAGAUUCAGCCUUGAAGUGGGGUUGAUAGAGGAGCUCCAGGCGAAAUGAGCUUGUUGCCUUGCCAGCGGCUGUGGCUGUCUUCCUUUGCGGGGGAUUCUGUCUUUGCUGAAGUACAACAAAUGUAAACAGUUUGUUCUUCGCGGCAUAAUGAAAAAUUAUGCUGUCUGAGUUUUGCUCCUGGCUUUGGGAUCUGUUUCUGCUGGGGGCUCUGUUUCUGUUUCUGCUUCUGUUUUCCCUUUCGUGCCACUCGAGUUUCAUUUUCACUUAUUUGAGGAUGGCACAGAGCUUUUCCAUUACCUCUGUUCCUCCUGCCUGGUGCUGUUAUUAAUACAGAGUACUUAUGUUGUCUCUUACACAGCUCUUUCCCGCAGACUCCUUCCGCUUACAAUCCUCUUACAACUUUUCAGCCUUUGUUUAUUCGAAUCAAGCUCCUUUUCGUAUUUAUUUUGGCAGUUUAUUAAAAGUUGCCUGCUUUCGUCAUUUUAAUUACAAUACGCCAAAUGGCAUUUGUUAUCGACUGACACGCCCCUUGAUCCGCCUGCGAACCGCCCCCGAAUUGCGCCACUGGCACGCAACUGG